AUGAAACGUGACCUUUACCUCAAGAUUGUGCAGGUAGUUGCGGACCAUGACCCGUGGUUCCAACAGAGGAGGAACGCUGCAGGGGAGCUCGGGCUGUCGGCGUUGCAAAAAGUCACUGCGGCGUUUCGUAUGCUAUCAUACGAUGCUCCUGCCAAUUCUCUAGAUGAGUGCCUCCGGCUAGGGGAGGCCACCAUCAUUGAGAGUAUAAGGCGGUUUGUUCGUGCCGUCGUCGGGGUGUUUGGCGAUGAGUACCUCCGUUCUCCGAACGAGGAGGACACCGCUCACUUGAUUGCUAUAAACGAGCGAAGAGGGUUCCCCGGGAUGUUGGGAAGCAUCGACUGUACGCAUUGA